GGCACGUAACCGCGCUGCGCGUCCCCUCCCCCACCCGCCUGCUGUUCCGCUGUUCCCAUCCCGCCGACCUCCCUUCACCUCCGCUCAGGCCUCACCUCACCUCAGCCAGGCCCCUCCCCCGCCCCCCCCACCACUCCACCAACCCACACCACGCGACGACCCCAUCAUCACCUACUUCUCCUCGCGCCGAUCCCUCGCCCGCCCGCCUUAACCUCCGGCCCAGAUCUGGUGGACCUCGGCGUCGCUGCUCGGAGAAAGGCUUGGCUCGUCGGAGGCGCCGAUCCGGUCGGUCCAUGGUUUCGGCCGGGGCGCAGGUAGGCGUGCUCGCGGCGUGCGUGGUGCUGUUCGUCCCCAUGGGACUCGCCGGCUGGCACCUCAGCCGCAACAAGGUGCUCUUCUUCUCCGGCGCGCUCUUCGUCUCCCUUGCCGUCGGGGUCCACCUCUCCCCGUACCUCCCCUCACUGCCCCACCUCCUCGUCUCCUCCUUCUUCCACCCGCUCCACCCCGCCGCCCCCUCCUCCUCUUCCGACUCCUGCAUCCCGUUCCUGCACCGCGUGUCGUGGGCCGACGCCGACGGUGGCCGGGCCUGGUCGUGGCCGCCCUCGCUCGCGGCCACCUGCGGCUUCGCGCGCCUGUCGCGGGACGACGCCUCGCUCCUGCUCAACGGCUCCUGGGUCAUGGUGGCCGGGGACUCGCAGGCGCGGCUGCUCGUGCUCGCGCUGCUGCGCCUCCUCCUCGAGCCGGCCGCGGCGGCGGCCGCGGAACCGGAGCUGUUCCGCCGCCACAGCGACUACCACGCCGCCGUGCCGGCGAGGGGCAUCUCCGUGGAUUUCAUCUGGGCGCCAUUCGAGAGCAACCUCACGCGGCUCCUCCACGAGGAUCUCCGCCUCGCGCCACGCACCCCCGACGUGCUCGUGCUCGGAUCCGGCCUCUGGCACAUGCUCCAUUUCACGGACGCCCAACACUAUGGCGAUGCAUUGGCGUCAGUCGCCGAUGCGGCCAACUCCCUCCGCACACCACUCCCUGUGCCGCCGCCCCACAUGUUCUGGCUCGGCCUGCCACGUCUUGUCAACCAUAUGCUCAACACUGAUGCCAAGAGAUCGCACAUGAACGACACCAUGCUGCAAGCCUACAACCGUGAGGUUGACGAGAGGUGUAUCUUGCGCCGAGACGGUGGCCCGUUCCGACUGCUCGAUGUGGGAAAGCUCACCCGGGGAUGUGAGCAGCAAUGCACAGCUGACGGGAUGCAUUACGGCGGCGUGGUGUACGACGCUGUCAUGCAUAUCAUGCUGAAUGCGUUAGUGAUUGAGUCGCAACAAAGGAUUUGACUACUGGUAGGGGUUCUUGAAGCAGGUGUGCUCCACCCUCUCUUAUUUUGGUUCAGUACCAUACACAGGUAAUUAGGAUGUGUUGUGGAAUAGGAGGUUCUUUUGAUUCCUUCAGCAUUUUGGUUGCGUGCCAGAAGUUGCCAUUUGAUCACUCAACCUUAGAGUGUAAUAUAGGGAAAUCUUAGAACCACACUGUUUUUGGCCGAAUGGCAGACUGAGAUGAUGUAUUGUAUACUUCUUUGUCGGGCAAUAACUAAAAUGGUGACUCUGACAUGUAGGAGAGAACAGCUUGAGGAAUACUAAGAAAUAUUGAACUUCCUUUUUCGUUCUU